UUUUCGUCUGCUGGAAGUGUAGUAAUAGUAAAAAGUUUAUUUUUAAAAAAUGUGUACCACUUAAAAUAUAUUAGUGCAUCGAAAUGAAUCCCUUUUCUCCGCCUGACAGCCUAUUAAUUGAUGGAAUUCCUGUAACAUUGCCAGUAUUGAAUGGGGAUAAAGAAAGUUUGUCUCCAAAGGCUACCUUUCAGAAACCGUGCUGGGUACCGGAUGGGGAAGCACACUCUUGUUUAAAUUGUGGUUUAAAGUUUUCUCAGUUGAGACGGAAACAUCAUUGCAGAAACUGCGGCAAAAUAUUUUGUUCCAAAUGCUGCUCUGGAAAGAUGUGCUUGCCUCACUUUGACAUAAAUGAGCCAGAAAAAGUGUGCCUUAAUUGCCUGUUAAUUGUUGAAUUGAUGACUAAAUCUAAAUCUGAAGAUAUGAGUUUGAAAUAUGAAGCUGUUACUGGAUUGUGUAACCUUACAAAAACCACUUCUGGUUUGUGCAAAGUUAUAGAAUCAGGCGGCAUCCAUAUUAUGUUAUCCAUGACUGUCAAUGGAGAUUUGAAUUUAAAGUGUGCUAUUGCUUCUGCCUUGCACAGUAUAACUCAAAGUAUGAUGUUAAACUCAUUUCUUGUCGAAGCUGGGUGCUUGAAAGCUCUAAAAAAUUUGUUGGAAACAUCUCAUGAUUGUAAUGAAUUGUUGAAUGAUUCCUUAAGUGCCUUAAAUUUGUUAUGCAUGGAUCCUAACAUUAGAAUAAAAGUAUUAAAGGAAGGAUUUGUUCCCUCACUGUUUACUGUUGUGCGUUGUACUGGAACAUCUGCUGUAUUUGCUGCAAGAAUUUUGCAAUUUUUAGUUUGUAAUUUUGAUCAUCAUGACUUUAUACUGCAGAAUCAUAAACAUAUCAUAUCAGACUUGUUUGAUGGCUUUCAAAAUGAAGAUUAUCAGAUGCAGACAUGUUUAUCGAAAAUGCUGAUGCACUUUUCUGCUGGUUCAGACACAUUUCGCCAACUAAUAUUACAGGAAGAUAUUUCAAGAGGAUUUCCUCUAUUAUAUCUUCUGAAAGGUUCUUCUCCAAAUGUGCUGAUCAAUGCGGUGUGUAUAAUUGCAAAUUUCUCUCUGCAGAUGAACCAAGAAUUUUCUCACAAAUAUAUUACAGCUUUGUGUGAGUUGCUUACAUUUUUAACUGAUGAUUCCAGUGAUGUGUUAGCACAUGUAGGAAGAGGUCUUGCAAAUUUUGCUGAGUGCUCAUCAAAUUCACUUCACUUGGUUCAUAAUUUGCAAACCAUUGCUCUAAAAUUAUUGAAAUCCACAUCAGAAGCUCCUCGAAUUCAUGGCUGUAGACUUAUAAACUAUCUUUUCUCUUCUGAGCCAACUUUCACUUUGGAUAUUUUAUCUCAAUCAGGAAUGGAUGAAUUUAUCGAAACCAUUUUUGAUCUCCCUGGAAUAACUGAUGUUUUAAAUAAUUUGCUUUUGAGGAAGGUAUCUAGACUUUCUAUUUCUCAAAAACUGUGACAAUUGUAUUUUAAAAGAUCAACAAAAUCUGUGAUAAUAUAUUUAAUAAGAAACAUGGAAAUUAUUAAUGUUUUGUAUAGAUGUUAAAAUGAGAAUUUUUACUGAGAACGGCUUGCACAAUGCUUUGUCCACCUAGAAAGUACUUUUAUUAUUCUGAAAUAUUUCAUUUUUGUGAUAUAUUGUAUAAUCUUACUGAACAAUACUUUCUAGUCAAAAUUUAAAUGAUUUCUAGAGAUUAAAAUUUCAUAAAUCUUG